AUGAUCGAAGACAACAAAGACGACGACUCGGAGAUGGCUGUGGUCUUACACGAGGACAAGAAGUACUACCCGACCGCCGAAGAGGUGUACGGACCGGACGUGGAGACCAUUGUCCAGGAAGAAGACGCCCAACCGCUCACUGAACCCAUUAUACAACCGGUUCGGCUCAAGAAGUUUUCACACGAAGUGCAAGACUUGCCCACAACUGUCUAUGACUUGGAUGAGCGGUUGGGCGUCUUCUUCCUGGACAAUGGUCUCCACGUCCGGUCCGUACACCUCUUCGGCGGUCGGGUAGUACUUCUUGUCCUCGUGUAA